CCAGGAAGUGUGUUUUGUUUCUGUUUCUUUUUGCAGAGUGGAAGGGUGCUGUUCGAGUUUUACUUUUUAAGGAUGAAGCUAAGCUAACUACAGCUUUUAUGUCAUUUUUGGGAAUGACAGCUUCCUAGAAUCUGCAGUCACUCAAGGAACCCAAGACAACAAUGGCCGAUGGUCCUCAUAGCCUGAAGAGUUCAGGAGAGAAUAACGAGCCAUUAAAAACAUUCAUCAAAAAAUCAUGGGACUGCAUAGUUCCAGCACUGUACAAUAUCGAACCUCUCCUGGAUCACCUGAUAGCCAAUAAUCUCCUACAGGUGAAUGACCGCAGUGAGAUACUAGCGGAGAAAACGCCACAGCAGAAGGCUCGAAAGCUGCUGGAAAUUGUCUACUGCCAACUAGAUGAGAGGAGUACUUCUGUUUUUAUUGACUGUCUGAAAAAAUGUCAGCAUCAGUAUCCUCGGCUGAAGGAAUGGCUUAUGGAAGGACCAGAUAUCCAUAGAGGACCAUCAGAUAUCCAUAGAGGACCAUCAGAGCAGAAGCUGAGGAAGCAGUCCCAUGAGCUAUGUAACCGACUUGGAUCCUUGGUGACCCCUAUUUCCAUGAAGUUGUUCUCUAAAGAAUUGUUAAACCCACAUGAGCUGGAACUCAUUCAGAAUGAAGUAACUACAUAUUCUCAGUGUCAGAAACUUGUGGCUGUCUGCUUAGGAAAAGGUGAAAAAGCUUGCUCUAGCCUUUACCAGGCUAUAUUGGAGGAAGACCAAUUUUUGUCCUAUGAGAUUGAUGCUCAUCCCCCAACAGAGGAAGAUGAUACAUUGUCUUGGCAGUCCCAGCAAGCAAACAAAGAACAAACCAGUUUGUCACAGGUGCCUAAGUCCAUUCUUUGCAGUUCUCCUGACUGUGCAAAGGCCGUUGAAGAGACAUGGCCAGUACUAAACAGGAUGUCCUUAGAAGACUCGGGAAUCCCAGGAAGUAUGGUAUCAAACACAGAAUUUCUAAACCUGAGGGAAGAAACAUAUGUAUCUAUGCCUGAAUCCAAACAAGAGACUGGACCACAGAAUCUGCAAUCAUUCCCUGUAGAAGAAAACCAGCAAGCUCUGUUACAUGAAGCUAUGCAACUGUUUCAAAUUGAUGCAAGUUCAGGGAUGUCUUUAAAUAUUUGCAAGUUGGGAGUUGCCCUUGGCUUGCCACGUGACACCGUAAUGAACUACCUUCUUGCACUGGAGACUGCAGAUGACCUUUCUCAGCUCAGAGCAUUGAUUAAUUGGUUUAUGGACAAUAUUGGUGACAGUGAAAGACUAAAGCUAAGGAUGAGAAUGUGUGACAGAAAAAGAAUGGAACUGUCUCAAAGAGGAAAAUUAUUGCUAGAACUACUGCAGCAGGCAUGUCAGAUGCAGUAUUCAGAAGAGGAGGACAUGCACCCUGCAGUUAUUGUUCAGUUCAUUCUCAGAGACUGCCUUACUGAGGUACAGGAAGAAUUGCCAUUUCAGCAGCCAAACCUUGGGUUGGUGGACUGUUUGCAGGAACUUCAGAAGAACUCCAGAGUGGAUCCGCUGAUAGUUCAAGAACUGCAGGAAAUUUGGAAUGAGAUAGAACCAAGUAAUUUGCAGCAGAGUGUUAUUUCUGUGGCUCAACUUGUGCGGGAUACUUUCCCUUUGGUGCAUCCCUCUGAACAUGAGGGGAUGUUCCUGAGCAAAAGGCGGUAUAAAUGUUACCAGCGAUUAGUUCAGAGAGUAACUGCCUUCAAAGGACUUCCAGUUACAGCAGUUAGGAGAGUGUUUACUUCAAAACAUAGUGCAGCAAGAACAGCAGAGUUCAGUGAUUCUGUCUGCAGACAGUAUGAAGAUUUGUGCUUCAAAAUUCUGAAAGUGUUGUAUAGAAUUAAAGGUCAACACAGUGCUAACCAUGGAACAAACCCAGAUAAUGCACAGCUUAGUGGACAUGAUUUGGCAAAUGCAAUUCAUAAUGUACUGUCAGAACCAGAGUUUGCAUGCAGUUUGUUUGAUUCUGGGGUCCGUUCACGAAUUCUAACCCUUUUGGAUUAUAAAUCCAUUCUGGUUCAUGUACCAUAUUUACUUACAUUGCAUUGCAAUACAACCUCUCUCCUGGCUGAUUAUCUCAAGAGAAGUGAGAGUCACAGUUUCCAGUUUUGCUUUGAAGACAUCCACAUAUUUCAUGAUGUGGCAGCCUUCCACAAUCUGUACAGUAUUAAGGACCCUGUUGCAAUAGACAAUGGCAUUGAAGAAGUAUUCCGCUUCAGAGUUUCUGAGCAGGCCCCAUUUGUAGUUCGGCUGUAUUGUCGCGGCUAUAUUGACAGGAAAGCUUUUAAAUGUCAGGAACCUGCUUCCUAUCUCUUUCAUAGUACUCAGGAAAGCAUACUCAGAGAAGCUCAGGACCUUGGCACAGUAAUUGCUGUUGAAAGGCAGUGUGUUUGGCUUCGGAGAAAUGUGGAAGAGGACUUGAAAACUAGGUUAGAGAAACUGCUUCCAGACAGUCAGAGUGGAUAUAUUGAAGAAGGAACCUGUUGCUUUCUGAUUAAACCAUUAAGUACAGAGUGUGAUGUUAGAUUUAUCUUUAAGGACAAUGCCAUAAGUGCAAAAGCAGAAAGAGAUGCAGAUGUUCUGUAAAUCAUAAUAGCUAAACAUGUUUUGGUAAAUUUUACAAAAUGGCCAGCAUACUGACUUCAUUUUAUAAUUGACCACAUGUUGUUCACUGUUCUUUAUAUGAUCAGGUUUUACAUUGUAGAAAGGAAUUAUAUCACCCUCUAGGUGUGCAAACUUGAUAACAAAGAUAUAUAAGAACCAGUGAAAAAGAGACUAGAAAAAAAAAGUUAUCACAUGUUAGUGCUGUUUUUAUUAUUCUAUUUUUUCAUGGAUUCUAUUAGCAUAAUUCUGUUAAAUAUCUCUGUUGUUCAUCUUAUUUUUCAUUCUAUAUUUCGACUGCUUAAACUUGUACGUUCUUAGAAGUAAACACCAUAAUAAAAUUGAAUCUGAAGUGUUAAGGUGGCAAAUGAAAUACAAAUAGCAGUAGACGUUAAGAUUCCAAUCAGUACACAAACACACUAGCAACUUUUAUGUCUGCCUCAAAGAGAAGCUGAAAAACUGUUCCUGUACAGGGAUUUCUUAUCUCGGGCCAGGAAUGUGAUAGUCCUCUGACAUUAAUGAUAGAAGUAGCUCUUUGAAAAACUGGAUGUGUUGGAUAAAAACAAGCUUCAUGAGACAAUGGAUAGCAAUGGUAGCCAAACAGAUUUUCAAGAAGGCUACAACUAGGUUCUCCAGUGAAAAUGCUGUAAAUACCCUAGCCGUUAUGGCAGCUAAGCUUCUUGUGGUGAAAUACUCCUAGAGCUACAUUACUUAACACCAGGCAGAAAAAAAAGCACUUCCAUUAUAGGUUGUACACUUGUUUACCUGAUAUACAUUGUUGUGUUUAUUUAUGCUUUGCUAACCAGAACUGACUGGUCAGUGCUGCUUUUGAGGUUUAGCUAUGUGUUGAACCUUUUAAAGAAACUGGUCGGUCAUCAUUUUUAUAUCUGCACAAGCAAGUAACAUGCAGAAAUCACAUGACUUUACUUUUUCAGUGCAUGCAACCAGCGUAUUGGCAAUCCCCUGUUGAGACUGUCUUGCUAGCUAUGUUAAAAAACUAAUUUAAGCAGCAGUAUUCAAGUGACCAUGUGGUACCAGGAGAUAAAACUAAAGUUCUUACAGCACCCUGCUGAAUUAUUACGCUCUCAUGGUCACUGUAUUUUUGUACUGCUAAGUUUUAGGCAGCAUCCUCAGAUUAUCUUCAUGUAUCAGAGUCGCUGAAUUCUGCUUGGACUAAAGAAAUGUUUGCUUAACAUGGUAUGAUGUGCUUUUUCCAACCUGUCAGUGAGAGAGUUUCUAACUGUUCCUUGUUAUGUUUUUGAUUGUGGUAUGCACUUUUUGUAUUUUAUUUUUGAUUUCUCUUAAGUAUUGCAUAGGUAAGGAUUGAAUUGUUAGAGAAUUUGUUUUGUUGCUCAGUGUAUGCAAAAUCAUAGUUAAUAACUAUGGUCAUUUUGUAAUACACUUUGUCAUUUUUUUAAUAAAAAAAAUCAUUGCGGCUUGGUUAAGAUUGUUUUUAUGCCACUGUGGGGCAACACAUUUGCUGAUAUUUUGUUAAAAUGAUUUGGGUUAAUGGUGCCCUCCAUCUGUUAGAAAAGUAAGCUAGAGGAGAUAGGCAGCCCAAUCUCCUGAUGAGAAAUAAUACAAAUUAAAAGCAACUUUAAGAAACUACA